AUGCCAGACGACGAAAGCACAUCGCAGCCUGCUGAACCACAGCUCCUCAUCGACCACGGCUUGCCUGUAUUCAUUGAUGGGCACUGGCAAAUCAUGUCUGAGGACGAGCAUCACGAGCUGUACCCGGAGCUCGCGAGGCGGACGGGAGACGUAACGUCGACGAUAGAAAUAAUACCGCCGACCGUGACGCCCAAGCCAUCGAGCACCAAGCCCGCAACGAAGACGAGCAGCCAGUCCUCGACAACGCCAGCGAGCACGGCUGUCAACAGCCCCUUGCCGAGCCCCUUUGACGGCGCGUUGGCCGCCAACUUUUCCGGGUCGUGUCCUGCGUUCAUCGAGGCGUUCCUGGCCGACCCGACGUUCAAGGCGUGCUACCCAUUCUCGCUGCUGCUGCAAGGCUCGAAAUCGUUCUUCAACGCGCAAAAGUCGUUUGUCGGCAUCACGAGAGUCCUCGACGCGACCUGUGCCGCCGACGUCAACACGUGCACACCUUACUUUGAGAAGCUCGCGAGCGAUCUCGUUUCGGACAAUGGCUGUGCCGAUGACUACAAGAAGGGCAACUCGCUAGUCGUCCAGGCUUAUAUGGCCAUGCGCGCAUACAAGACACUGUAUAGUGCUUCGUGUCUCACAGACGCGGCUACCUCCGCCUACUGUUUCGCAUAUGCAGUGACAGACACGACAUUCGCCAGCAACGUCUACCUCUACUACAUGCCGCUCAACAUAUCGUACCCGCCAACGCAGAAGCCGGCGUGCAAUUCUUGCACCAAGCAGACAAUGGGCAUAUACCAGGCUGCCACGGCGGACCGCUACAGCGCCAUCGCCACCACCUACACCAAUGCCUCGGUGCUGUGCAACGGCCACUGCGGAGCAGGCUACGUCAACGAGACCUUGCCUGAGCCCUUGUCGUACAAGAACGAUGCCGGUGCCUUGUUGAGCCAAGGGCCUGCCACGCUAUGCCUGCUCACCACCCUCUUCGCCAUGGCCACUUCGUGGUGGCUGUAG